AUGAAGCUUCCGCCAAACACGGCCUUCUUCUCUCUCUCACUCCUCCUCCUCCUCCUCCUCCUCCCGUCCGCCUACACCUCUGGCGAUCAGGAGACCUUCAUCGUCCACGUGUCCAACUCCCACAAGCCGUCGGCCUUCUCCAACCACCACCACUGGUACACCAGCAUCAUCCAAUCCCUCCCCCCGCACCGCCGCCGGGCGGAUAUCCUCUAUACCUACGACCGCGCCGUGCGCGGCUUCUCGGCCCGCCUCUCCGCCGCUCAGGCCGCCGCCCUCAGCCGCGUCCCCGGCGUCGUCUCCGUCGUCCCCGACGCGGUCCGCUACCCCCACACCACCCGCACCCCCAAAUUCCUAGGCCUCGCGGACACGUUCGGCCUCUGGCCGAACUCCGACUACGCCGAUGACGUCAUCGUCGGUGUCCUCGACACCGGAAUCUGGCCGGAGCUUCCGAGCUUCUCCGACGAAGGCCUCUCCCCCGUCCCUUCUCACUGGAAGGGGAGCUGCGUCGACGCCCCCGAUUUUCCCGCGACCCUCUGCAACCGGAAAAUCAUCGGGGCAAAAGCGUUCUAUUUAGGAUACGAAGCUUCGCGAGGCAAAACGAUGGAGGAAUCGAACGAAUCUAGAUCUCCAAGGGAUACGGAAGGCCACGGCUCGCACACGUCGUCGACCGCCGCCGGAUCUAGAGUGACGAACGCCAGCUUGUUCGGAUACGCAAAAGGAGAAGCCAGAGGCAUGGCGACCAAAGCCAGGAUCGCUGUGUACAAAAUCUGCUGGACCUUCGGGUGCUACGAUUCCGAUAUACUGGCGGCGAUGGAGCACGCGAUUGACGACGGCGUGAACGUGAUUUCUCUCUCAGUCGGUGCAAACGGCUACGCCCCUCAGUACGACUACGAUUCUAUCGCAAUCGGAGCUUUUGGCGCAACUGAGCACGGGAUAGUGGUGUCGUGCUCUGCAGGAAAUUCUGGACCCGAUCCGUACACGGCGGUCAACAUCGCACCAUGGAUCUUGACCGUCGGGGCCUCAACCCUCGACCGUGAGUUCCCAGCCGACGUAAUACUCGGAGACGGACGUACGUUCGGCGGCGUCUCCCUCUACUCCGGCGAACCACUCGGGGACAAACCGCUUCCAUUGGUUUACGCUGCUGACUGUGGGAGCCAGUACUGCUACUCCGGCAGCCUCAAUCCGGCGAAAGUCGCCGGAAAAAUCGUUAUCUGCGACAGAGGCGUCAACGCCAGGGUGGAGAAAGGCAGCGCCGUCCACCUCGCAGGAGGUGCGGGCAUGAUAAUGGCCAACCUGGCAGACAGCGGCGAAGAGCUCCUGGCCGACGCUCACUUUAUUCCGGCCACCAUGGUUGGGGCAACUGCCGGAGACAAAAUACGAGCCUACGCACGCUGGGAUCCGAACCCAACCGCGACCAUCAUUUUCCGGGGGACAGUCAUCGGGCAAAGCCCACCAGCCCCAAGCGUGGCUUCUUUCUCGAGCCGCGGUCCCAGCUACCGAACCGCCGAAAUUCUCAAACCAGACGUGAUUGCCCCUGGUGUCAACAUUCUAGCCGGCUGGACGGGCUACGUUGGGCCAACCGACCUAGAUUCCGACACUCGGAAAGUCGAGUUCAACAUAAUAUCCGGCACGUCCAUGUCGUGUCCCCACGUGAGUGGCUUGGCCGCCCUUCUCCGAAAAGCCCACCCGGAAUGGUCUCCGGCCGUCAUCAAGUCGGCCCUCAUGACAACCGCUUACAACCUAGACGACAACGGUUGUAACAUCACAGACCUUGCCACCGGAACCGAGUCGAACCCGUUCGUUCACGGCUCGGGCCAUGUCGACCCAAACAAAGCCCUCGACCCGGGUCUGGUUUACGAUAUCGGGACCAUCGAUUACGUUGCAUUUCUUUGCACGAUCGGCUAUAAUCCGAAAAGGAUCUCGGUUUUCACGAGCGCCUCCGUGGAUUGCGAUGAGUUAGUGUUUAAAACUCCGGGGAAUCUUAACUACCCGUCCUUUUCGGUCGUCUUUGCGAGCGGUGUUGGCGUGGUGAAGUACAAGAGGACGGUGAAAAAUGUCGGGAAGGAGACGAACGCAGUAUACCGGGCAAAGGUGGAGGCUCCUCCGGGAGUGGAGGUGAUUGUGUAUCCGGUUGAGUUGGGUUUUAGUGAGAAAGAGAAUGAGUUGUCUUACGAGGUUGCAUUCAAGAGCAGUGUGAGUUUGAAUGAUUUUGGAAUGGGAAUUGUGGGUGGGGUUAGGACAUCGUUCGGGUCCAUCGAAUGGAGUGAUGGCGGUGGCCACCGAGUGAGGAGUCCCGUGGCGGUGGCUUGGCAGUUGGGCUCGACGGCCACAAUGUGA